CUUUCUCCUCCCCUGAUUCUUAUAAUUACUAUAUAGAAAAAAUGGUGCUAACUAGCGGGGAACUGGGUGGAUACAACACGAUUCACAAUGUAACAUAAGUGGAGCGAUAUAAAGAAUGGGCAGAGAAAGUCUAACGGACUUUAGAAAUGUGUUGUUGACCAGACAAAGGAAGAGUUCUACAAAACAAGGUGCUCAUGAAGAAUGGAACUAACCAUGUUUAACAUUUAACUUUGAUCAUUGAACACACCCUAAUGGAUUACGUAAGCUCUGCUGAACCAGAUGUUGAUGCCUUCAUCUGCACAGAAUGUGGGGAUGGCUUCAGGCGCUACCUUGACUUGGUUAAACACAUUACUGUUCAUGAACGACUCAGGACUUAUGAACGAACAGAUUCAUUUUCCCUUGACAGUUUGCCCAAUGGGUUUCAAGUUCCCCGUGAGUAUGCUCUCCAUGAAAAUGGAACUUUCAUAGUGGUUGACAGAUCUGGACCAUCAAACAACCCUUCUGUCAAGCAGCCAUCUUCAACUCCUUCACCUUAUCAGAAUUCAAAGACCAUUGUACUUACAACUAAGCCAGCCAAAACUGAUCUACGUGUUAACACAGUAUCUCACUCCCAGUGCCGCAGUGUCUCUCCUCUAAAACAGUACCGAUGCGAAACAUGUGGAAAAUCGUUUAACAACAAGCUGAGUUUACAACACCAUCAACAGUAUCGGAAUUUAGAGCAAGGUUUUAAAUGCACGUUGUGUUGCAAGAUCUUCAGAGAUAAAGAGAGGCUAAGGGAACAUCUCCAAGAACAUGCCCAUGAAAUAUUUUACUGCUGUGAUCAGUGUGGAAAACGCUUUCUGAAACAAGAGACCCUGUAUGCUCAUCAAAAAGAGCAGCAUGGAUCGCUGGGGUUCAAACAAAUGGGGAAGUCAGACAAUAGUCAAGAGAACAUAAUACAGAAAACAUAUCCCUGUAAGAAGUGUAAUCUGUGUUUUUUCUGGCUCUCCGACAUGCAGAGCCACUUACUCAGUCAUUCCAAAGACAAACCAUUAUCUGUGAACUCUUCAUCCAAAAUCGAGCAACAGUCUCAGAAAGAUGAGCGAUCACAUACCAUAGAGUACAGCGACAGCACCCCGACUACCGAUGAGACCAAACAGUACAGCAGCGGCACCCCUACUACCGAUGUGACCAAACAGUACAGCAGCGGCACCCCUACUACCGAUGUGACCAAACAGUACAGCAGCGGCACCCCUACUACCGAUGUGACCAAACAGUACAGCAGUGACGCAACUGUCGAUGUGAAGACCCACAAUGGCAAAUCGGAUUCCAAAACACCAUCCUCUUUCAGACCAUACCGCUGUGGUUUGUGUGGAGAUCGCUUCCAGCAGUUAACAGACUUGAAGGAGCAUCAUCUUACCCAUCAAACACAGGAAGAAAUUGACAAGUUAAAUAAGGAUUCAGAGUCACAAAGAGUUGUAAAAAAGUGGCAAAGGUAUACUCGCAUUGAGUGCAUCGUAACAAAAGCACCUGCAAGGAAGGGAGGAAGGCCCCCACUUUAUAAAAAAGGCUCUGGGACAAAAUUGCAUCCAUGCAAGCACUGCCACCGUGUUUUCAGUCACUCAAGUAGUCUGUCUCGGCACAAUAGAUCCCACAAGGGGACUCUUCACACUUGUGUUCUCUGUGGGAAACAUUUUCCACAACGCUGUGAUGUCCGGAGGCAUAUAGCCAUGUAUCACAAACCUGAAUUAGAGAAGAAACCAAGUCUUAAGUACUUGGCAUUGCAUUCUAAACCAGAUGGUGGUUCCCAAUUGAAUUCUGAUGUGUUGGAACAGAAUGUGUCAUCUAAAAUAAAACCCAAAAAGUCUUUAGACCGUGUUGUUGCAGAAUUGGACAGUGACAAUGGUGAAGAUCAACAAACCACAUCUACUGGAGAAGUGUCCGCUGCUCCUAAGGUACGGAGGAACUACAAGUGUGACCAAUGUGGGAAAAAGUUUGGACUGCUGUGUGUGUACCAACGGCAUUUGCGGUACCACAAAAGGGAACCAGGUAGUGAAAUGGUUAAGUGCCCUCACUGUCCAAGUCGCUUCCGGAGUUCUUCUGCUCUAAGACGCCAUCUUGAGAUUCACCCAAGUCAGUCAAGGGGGGAAAUGGACAUGGAAGGACGGGCAUCUCCCACUGCUGACUCCAAUCCAGACCUGGACUCUGACCAAGACAAUGUAAAGGAUUUAGUGGGUCAUGGGGACAUUGACGAUGUCAAGGGUGGGAAUGGUGAAAAAAUUGGUCCAGCAGAGGUGCUGUACGAAUGCACUGAGUGUACAGAGACUUUUUCCUCCCUGCAGAAGUUUCUGAAGCACCAGAGUUCUCAUGGGUCCGAUAACCUUGGCUAAUGGAAACUAUGCAUGGUAUUUAUAUCCGGAGGUCCGAACCCUAACUUGAGAUCAAUGCACAUACCACAUAUUGUUGCACUGUUAUGCAGACCUCAAUUCAUGAUUUACGAAAGUCCGAGUUACGUGCACGUCUCAAGUUAGGAUUCUUGCCUUGAUGAUGGAGCAGUUUAACAAGUGUUUAAAAAUUAUUUUUUUAACAAUGACUUGAGGAACUACAACCAGUAUGGUUCUUGGGGUGGGUGGGUCAUUCAUUCUGAACCAGAGUAGGAUGACAUUGAUGUAGCACUGCAUAGAUCAAGAUGGUGACUUAAGAACUGGGAAUUACUGAGAUUUUUUUAUGUAUUUUCUACAAUCAUGUGAAUUUGAGGUUAGUUUUGUAUCAAUGUUUUAGAUUGUUUUGGUUACUUCAGUUAAACCUUUGACAAUACCCCUGGAAAUGCCAUGGGAAUAAUGCCUUAAUAUGCUCAUUAUUGAAGCUAGUAGUCGAGCACAAUUUGCUAAAGACCCAUGGACCCAUGCAAACCGUUAAGAUGGUCUGCGGUAACAAUGACUGUCCAUUUUGUAAAGUAAUUAGAAAUGUUUUUUUUUUUUUUUUUUUACAUGUACAUUUCCAUUGGGAUUUCACUUAAACUAUUUAAGAGAUUAUUUAUUUGCAAUUGCCAAGCCUUUACAUCCAUGGUGUCUUUCUCAAGAUCAGAAAACCUGUCAAGGUGAGAUGUUCCCAAACUACCAGACCAGGAAUGUUGGUAUCAUUUUGAAAGGCUUUCUCAUGCAUCGUCUUUUCACUAUAUUGUGGCCAUGUCUCUCAAUUCACAAACUGGUUCUGUUAUCUAGAUCCGUGGUUCCCAAUGAGGGGUACUAAGACCUCUGGGAGUACUUAGCCUAUCCACAGUGGGUACUUGAGAAGACUCAUGAGACCAUAGGCCUAGUGUAAAAUGCACAUGAGGGGGUACUUCAGGGGUUGUCUGGGCAGAGCAAAAUUCAGUUGGUGGUACAGUAACCGAAAAAGAUUGGGAACCACUGCCCUCUGAUUUCUGCUGCCAGUCCUCCGGGUGGCCAAGGAUCUGUUAAUGCAUGAUCACGUUUUUCCUUAGGACACGACAAGGUCCAGUGAGGUCCAGCAAGCCACACGUAGCAUUGUGAUGUAAAUUAGCCUUUUCAAAUGGAACUGUUGCUUCCUUUACUGCCUUCCAAACAAAUGCAUUGGCCCUGAUUUUAUGCCAUUAAAGUUGAAAACAUUUAUUUUU